AUGUCCAUGACCUGCACUCCUACCUUACGCUGCCAAUUCCCUGUACUCCUGACCUUUUUGCAGGGUUCUCUGAUAGUGGUCUUUCUUCUCUUCGUGCGCUAUGAUGACCACUCCAGUUCUACUUUUGUGUCUAAUCUGACAGCCACAGAGGAAAACAAUCUUUACACAAUUUUCCCUCUCUUUAAAGAUGUCAACAUUAUGCUGUUUGUGGGACUUGGCCUAAUGCUCUCAUUUUUUAAACUUUAUGGCUUUGGUGGAAUUGCCUUAAACUUCUUGCUGGCUAAUUUCUCCAUCCAGUGGUCCAUAGUUGUGCAAGGCUUCUUAUACCAUUACAGAGAUGGAAAGAUUCACCUGGGUCUGGAAAAUGUUCUCAGUGCAGAGUUUGCAGCAGUCACAGCUUUGAUCUCAGCUGGGGCCAUCCUUGGGAGGACUAGUCCUGUGCAGCUAAUAUUGCUUUCCAUACUGGAGAUACCAUUGUUUGUGCUAAAUGAUUGGCUUAUUAAUACAUAUUUCCAUAUUGUUGAUGUUGGGGGUACAGUGGCUAUCCACAUUUUCUCCUGUUAUUUUGGACUUGGGGUCUCCCAAAUUAUGUACAGACCAGCUCUUAAAACAAGGCACCCCAAAGAAGAAACAACUCCUAGCUCAGACCUGCUGUCCCUACUUGGUACAAUCUUCCUUUGGAUUUUUUGGCCAAGCUUUAACUCUGUGUUGGCCACAAAAGGAAAUGCUCAACACAGAGCUGUCCUUAACACAUUCCUCUCUCUCAGCUCUAGCACUUUAACUUCAUUUGCUCUUUCUAGCCUGCUUGAUAAAAAGGGCCGGAUUAGCUUGGUGCACCUGCAGAAUGCAACCUUGGCUGGAGGAGUUGCUGUUGGAAUUACUGCAGAUAUGAUGAUCACCCCUGCAGGAGCAUUUGGCCUGGGAUGUUUGGCUUCAUUUUCCUGUAUUCUUGGAUUUAAAUAUUUGUCCCCAUUCUUGGCAAAAAAGCUUAAAGUACAAGAUCAAUGUGGCAUCCACAACCUACAUGGGCUUCCAGGUAUUAUUGGCACUAUAGGAAGCAUUGUAGCCAUAUUGUUUGGACCACAUGAUAUUUAUGGAUCUGGCCUACAUGAGCUGCUGAUUCAGAAUGAUGUCCAGGAUGGACGGAAUGCUCUUGGGAAUUUGGAUCAUACAGCACCCUACAGUGCUACAAACCAGGCCCUAUGUCAGGCUGCAGCUUUUGCUGUCACUUUUGGAAUAUCACUUUUUGGGGGUUACUUAACAGGAUUUUUUCUGAAGCUUCCAUGUCUGGUCAAACUGCCUGAUGAGUUAUGUUUUGAUGACCAGCCAUAUUUCCAGAUUCCAGGAGACUGUGAUGAUAAAGUGAUUACAAAUAACAGAGAGAGAGAAGUGCUCUAUCCACUGAAACUAGUAUAGCAUUUUCCAACAGUGUCAUCUACAAAUAUUUAGGAAUUGACUCGUCAUGCUUUAUGCACAACAAUAAACUUUUCAAACAUGAAAAAAAGCAUAAUGGAUAACCUUUUCUCUGCUACAUCAUUACAUUGGAUACAGGGCUAUGUUUUUGUUCCUAUCAGUUUAUCACAGAGACACACAAACCCAGCAUGCACCAUACCUAGCCCUCCCCUACCUCAUCACGCAUAGAAACAAAACUGAGCACUCUUUCCCACCAGUCAACCAACAAGUGCCUCUCACACGUCUAUGAAACAGAGCCUGAGAACUCUCUGCACCAACCAGGGGCCAAGACAAAGCACCACACUCAAGCAGAUGUUUGAGCAAGGAAGAAUAAUCAUUGCACUGUAUGAUAAGCUAUAAUAAUGUAAAUGUGUCUGAAUAAAUGCAUACUUUACAAUGUU